CACCAUUUUAAUCAUAACUGUAUCAUUAAUAUUUAAUUUAAAAAAAUGAAAAAGACUUUAUUAUUUAUAUUAUUUCUUAUAAAAUAUAUUAUUUUAAUCAAAGCUGACAACUCACAACAAACUCUCUUACAACUAGAAGGUUUUAUUUAUGACCAAUUUCCACUAUAUAAUGACAAUUUUGAACCUGCCAUAGGUAGUUUAACUCCUGGAAUGGUUUUACCUAAUAUUAACUCUACAACCAGAGUACCAGACCUUGUAUCGCUAUUACAAUACACAACUGUAAAUCAAAAUGGUCGUAUGAAUUCCCCAAAUCUAUACCAAUAUUUUUACCAAAGUAACACUGGUGCCCCAAAAACCACUAACUCUGGUUUGAAUGUUCCAAUGACUAUUAAACUAAACUUAACCUUAGAUCCAACAAGAGGAGUUUAUGUGUAUGAUAAUCAAUAUUUCUUCCCAAUUGAUUAUCAAGGUUUUGAUGUUGACCCAAGCUAUAGAGUUUAUAAUAACGAUACCCAGUACCAUAAUUUCCAUUUUUGUUUAAAAAUCAAUUCUAAAUUUACAUUCCAAGGAAUAGAAGUUUUCAAUUUUAUAGGCGAUGAUGAUGUUUGGGUAUUUAUCAAUGACUAUUUAGUUAUAGAUCUCGGAGGUCUCCAUACUGCUGCCUCGAAAAGUGUAGAUUUAACCACUCUAACAAUUAAUGGACAAAAAUUAGUUAAAGGUACAACUUAUAAUUUCGACUUUUUCUACUGCGAAAGACACACUACUGCCUCGACUAUUAGAGUCGAAACCAACAUUCAAACCUUUUGUCCAUUCUAUGACUACUGCAAUGUUUGUCGUGGUGAUGGUAGUACAUGUUGCUCAGCUACAUUAUGUGACGACAACAAUAUUUGUACCUCCGACAUAUGCCCUCCCGCUGAUACUGUAAUUCAACCAGGAUUUACAAUUAAAGACUAUUGCCAACAUAUUCCAAAAACAUGUGCCGUUAUCGAUAAAUGCUCAAACAAUACAUGUAGUAUGAGUACUGGUCAAUGUGUUCAACAAACAAUUCCAUGUCCAAGUAAAGCAGGGCAAUGUAUGACUUUAGACAAAUGUGAUGCUACUCAAGGAUGUCUUUAUACUCAAGCAUGUACUGGUAUCUGUAAUACUGGUGUUUGUAAUAGUGGUACUUGCGAAGUAAAAUCCAACUCAACAUGUGCAUCAGAAUUAGACAAUGAUAAAUGUAAGAUCUACUCUUGCGACCCAGUUAAAGGUUGUGUUUCAGAACCAUUAUGUAAACAAGGAUCAAACCCAUGUAUUGUUGCAACUUGUUCAAAUGGUGUUUGUGGUACAAAUACACUUUCAGCAAGCGAAUGUGAUUGUGGUUGUGAAGGUAAGUUAAAUGCAUGCGAAAAAAACAACUGUGUUAAUGGUCAAUGUUCACCACUAAGAAUUGAUAUUGACGAUGGAAAUGCAUGUACCAUCGAUGUAUGUAACAACUCUACUGGUGCUGUAACUCAUGAUCCAGUUACAACAUGUACUGGGUGCAAUGUUUGUAACCCAAAGAGCGGCACUUGUUCCCCAACAGAUUCUUUAUGUCAAGAUGGUAAUCUGUGUACAGAUAAUAAAUGUGUUGCUGACCCAUCCAACUCAAACCUAGGUACAUGUCAAAGCUCAGUUAAAUCUUGUAAUACUACCAAUAAAUGCUUAAUAUGGAGCUGUAACUCUGAAACCGGCUGUUAUUCAACAAAUAAGGUUUGUCCUGAUAGUGGAAAAUGUCAAGUUGGAUAUUGCGAUCCAGAUCAAGGUUGUUUACUUAAAAAUAGAACUUGUAGCAGUACAGCAUAUUGUUUAGUAAGCGAAUGUGAUGAAUCUCUUGGAUGCAUAACUUAUGAUAGAAGAUGUGCUGCUGAUAAUGCCAAAUGUCAAAAAGGUGUUUGUGUUAAUGGUACAACACCAACAAACGGUAAAUGCGAAUCUAUAAACUAUGACCCACAACCAUUUGUUUGUAAAACUGCCGCUGUUGUUUCAACUGCUGUUGUAGCUGGUGUAGUUGUUGCUGGCGCCGUUGCAUUAGGUGCUGCUAUUUUCGCUGGUAAAAAAGGUUAUGACUACUGGAAAGACUCACAAGCAAAUACAAUGACCGCUUCAAACUCAAAUCCAUUAUAUGAAGCCAAUCCAAAUGGUGGUGAAAAUCCACUUUUUAAUGACACUCCUAACUAGUAUUAAUACUAUCUAUUUAUUAUUAUUUAUUUCUAAUUUAUUAAAUAAAAACUAUGAAUCUUUUUUUGUAAUUAUUUAUUU